AUGCUGUCAUUAAUAGAUCCUCGUUUUGAAUGUUCUAUUUGCCUUAACUGUCUAAAGGAUCCAAUGCUGACAAGAUGUGGACAUCGAUUUUGUUCUGAGUGUAUAAAUACAUGGCUUAAGCGUAAAAGUCAAAUUUGCCCAAUUGAUUUAUUACCACUGACUAUAGAAGGUUUAUUUCCCGAUAACUACACAAAACGGGAAAUAGAUGAGCAAAAAGUUGCUUGUUUAAAUACUGGUUGUGAUGUAACAAUACCAUUGUUAGAAGCUGAUCAACAUUAUUCAUCAUGUGGAUUUAAUAAAAACCAAAUAAAUGGACUUGCUGAUAAUCUCUGCCCAUUUCAUUUAAUUGGAUGUAAGGAUACAAUAAAAGAUAAAAAUGAAUUAUCAAACCACCUUGUUAUGAGCGUGCAUCGUCACGUUACUCUACUUACAAAAUCUCAUAUUGAUUUCAUGAACAAAUUUCAAAUCAGAGAUGGUGCUCGUUCUAAAGCUUUAGAAGCUACACAAAUGUGGGAUGCGGACAAAGACCCUAAUUCUGAAAAAGCUUUACUUUGUAAUUUAUAUGAAAGAAUAGUUGUAUUGGAACAAAGUAAUAUUGAAAAAGAUAAAGAUAUAAAGCGUUUGACUCAAAAAAAUGCCAUCAAGGAUAAAGAUAUUGAACAACUUAGUGAAAUGGUUAAUAAUUUAAUUGUCAAGUUUGAUCAAUCUCAAAAUGCAAUAUCGUUAAUUACAUGCAAUGGUGUAUAUAUAUGGAGAUUUGAAAAUUUUAUGGAAUCUUUGAAAUCAAUGAGAGAAAAACCAUUACAAACACAAUACUACACUCCAGGAUUCUAUACAUCUUCUGCUGGAUACAAAUUAUGUGGUCGAAUAAAUAUGUCAACAGACAAUCGUCAUCUUUCUCUAUUUAUUCACAUGAUGCGUGGUGAUUAUGAUGAUACUUUAAUUUGGCCAUUUUCUGGUCAUAUUACACUAUCAUUAAUCAAUCCAACAAAUCCCAUACAGAACAUUUGUUUGACAAUGCAAUCAUCAGCUGAAUCUGAAGCAUUUAGAAGGUGUUCUUUCGGAAAUAUUGGUAAUGAGGUUCUUUCUUUAAAUCCAAGAGCUUUUGGCUAUUCUGAAUUUGUUGCCAUUGAUGAAGUUCUUCAAAAUGGAUUUAUUAAAAAUGACUCAAUUGUGAUUAAAAUAAUUGUUGAAUGUAAUAAGUAA